UUGCAUUGCAGUAGACUGGGGUAACGCCACAAGAGGUAUACGCGAAGAUAAACACUGAAGCCAGCGCGUCGCCUCCUCUACCAGAAAGAGGACUGUUUUGGAACCGAGUCUAGACAUGGCAGCCUUUACUCGAUCUCGCACAUUUAUUAGGAGUUUUGUCCGUUUCUCCGACCGUGACCUGUAAGGCAUACUAUCGAUUAUUCGCAGAGAGACAAACAAAGCACGCACGAAGAAACCGCAAGCAAGCCACUAUGGCAGAAGAGGAAAAUGCUAAUGUGGUCAGCGCAAAUGAAGAUGAAGAUGAAGAUACAGGUCCAGAUGGCCCCAAACUCAAGCUGGAGCUCAGUGCCUUCAGAGCUCAGUGGAUGUCUGAGCUGAAUCCCAAUGCGGGAGAGACUGGGUCGGGCAAAGGCUCAUCGAGGGCAUCCGAUCUAAGAAUGGCCCAAGAAGCGGCAUGCGAGCGAAAGGCUAGGGAGCUGUUCCUGAAAGCCGUAGAAGAAGAGCAGAGUGGAGCGGUUUAUGAAGCCAUCAAGUUCUAUCGCCGGGCCAUAAAGCUGGUGCCGGACAUUGAGUUUAAAAUCAACUACAACCGCACCGAUAAGGAGAAAGGGGAGAACAGUUCGGCAGGAUUGGCCGACAUCGAAGAUCUCAUUGCCUACUUCCAGCAGCAGCUGACUCUGGAAGAUGCCUGGCCAAAGAUAUGCCAGCCCGAGACAGCAAUGUCUGAGAUGCACAUUUCUGCCUUACCGCCGGAGGUCUUGAUGUACAUCUUCCGCUGGGUGGUGUCCAGUGAUCUGGACAUGCGUACCCUGGAGCAGCUGUCUCUGGUCUGCCGGGGCUUCUACAUCUGUGCCAGGGACUCUGACCUGUGGCGUUCCGCCUGCCUCAGGGUGUGGGGUCGCACUGCGCUCACCCCCUUCCAGUCCUGGAGGGAGAUGUUCCUGGAGAGGCCGCGCGUUCGCUUUGACGGAGUCUACAUCAGCAAGGUGUCAUAUGUCCGUCAAGGUGAAGAGUCCCUGGACGGCUUCUACCGGGCCUGGCACCAUGUAGCGUACUACAGGUACCUCCGGUUCUUCCCAGAUGGGAAGGUGGGGAUGUUGACCACGCCUGAAGACCCGGUGACUGUGAUUCCUCGCCUGCGCAGUAAAAACACACGGGUGGAAUCGGUAAUGCUCGGUUAUUACCGCCUCUCCCAGGAAACCGACAAUGAAACCAAAGUAUUUGUUGUUGUGUCCAAGAAGAAGGAAGAGAGGGUGGCAGAAGUCCAAAGGAAUCGGUUCUGCAGGCGGAACCCUGCCCCUGAAGCUGAGCAUAACUUCCAUGUGGGUCUAAAGAUCGCCUCCGGGGGGCGCCACAACAAGCUCAGCUGGAUCCACCACUCUUGCCACAUCACCUACAGGCCAACUGGAGAAACGGUGGUCACGGUGUUCAACUUGGACAACAUGUACGCACCUUUUUUAUUUGCCCGUGUGAAGAGUUACACAGCUUCCUCAGAGGGGCCGCUGUAGGGGACACACAGGUGUGCGUGGGAGGAUCUGAAGAUCUUUCUACUUUUCACAGCAUCAUGAAGAAUACACUGCUACAAAAAGUUGCUUUUUUCUGUACAGCGGAGUCUUUAUUUUUAUUGACUGAAUGUUAGCUCCACAUUCGUUGGUCCUCUCGGCAUGUUUAGGUUUUAAACAUAAUGCCCUACUUUUACUGAGGAUAUGGAAUGUAUAAUACAGUCGAUUGUUUUCGGGCUUUCACCUAAUCUUGGCUUUCUCUGUUUUUCCUGGUCAAAUAAACGGUGUGGGACACGUUCUG